AUGGAUGAGAGUACCCCCGCCGUGGUCAACCGCGAAGACCCCGGUCCUGUCAUUUCAGUCUCAUCGCAUUCAGUCGAGAACAGUCCUAGUGCAACUGGAGAUAAGACUAGCCAUGAUUCUGUCGGAUCCGGGCUCUCAGCUCGGCGACUGAAAAAUAAGUUCAAAGGCAUGAAGUCCGAGGCUAAAGCACUGAACGAUUGGGCAACUGGAUCCUCAUUGCAGGAAUUGUUGUUAACAAAUCAGAUUAUGGGAGCAGGUUAUACCCGUUGA